AUGGCAGAAACUCUACCUUCUGCCAUUGAACAGGAAUUGUUAGGUAUUAAACAUCUACUUUGGGGCAACGAAAUCAAACUGGAUAUUUUUAAAAGGUGGUCACAAGGUUUUUAUUUUAGUUCACAGGAAAAAAGUGCUUUGGAACAAACGGAAGGUGGACCAUGUGCAAUAAUAGCCCCUGUGGAAGCCUUUAUUCUCAAAAACCUACUUUUAGAGUACAAAGAUUUAUGUUUUAGAGAAUCGAUAAAUCUAGAAAUCCAAAAUCGUGUAUUAGUUACUGCUCUCUGUGAAAUACUUGGACAAUGUAAUACCAGAAAGUAUUAUGUAGUGUAUUUAAACAGUGAUUUAAGUGAACAGCUUAGUGAAACAGGGGUUAAAGGACCAAGUGUUCCAAGUACUAGUCCUGUAGAAGUAGACCCAGCUAGGUUUCAUGAAAACCUAAAAGUACAUUGCUUUCAGUGCCUAGAUGACGUUAAUAAGUAUUAUUCAGAAAAUACAUCUAAAUUAAAAGCACAGUAUGGCAUUUUGUUGUUUUUAUACACUGUGAUAGCUUCUAAGGGUUUAGAGCGAGUUAAAGCUGAUUCAGAUAGCCAAGAUCCAUUAAUUGACGAAACAUAUGGCUAUGGCAGCCAAAGUCUUAUAAAUUUAGUAAUGACUGGGAUGGCAACGACGUAUGUGUGGGAUCAUUAUGAAGAUGUCGGAGGGCUGAAACUAAAAGGGAUUGAAAGUCAGAGCCAAAUAGGUUUUAUAACCAUAAUGGAAUAUCAUAGGUACUGCACAGUAGGAUCAUUUUACAAGAAUCCCAUACAUCCUGUAUGGGUGCUAGCGUCAGAUACGCACUUAACAGUUCUUUUCAGCGACGAACGUAAAUUGGUAAGUCCUGAAACAAAAAGUGAACAGGCCAGAAGGGUGUUCAAGAGUUUUGAUCCUCAUGGAAAUAACUUUAUCAGUUCUGAUAAAUUACAAGACGUGCUUAAGAACUUAGAUCUAGUAAGCGAACUUGAAUAUGUAAAUAUAAUGAAGAAAAAAUUAGAUAACGAAAAUUUAGGUAUAAUUCUGUUAAAUGCCUUCAUGGAUGAAUUUUUUCCCAUAGAAGAGUCUUCGACCCCAGACAUGUUCACUCUGGUCCAUUACAAUGGACUGGCAAGGAGUAAUAUCAAUGGACAUGUUCACUAUCAUAUAGGUUCAGCCAUCUUGCUGGAAUCUGAUAUUAAAUCAGUGUGUGAGUCUAACCCAAUGUUGACAGUACUCCAAACGAAGUGGCCAAAUAUAGAAGUGAACUGGUGCGAUAACAUCACCCCCUCUCUUAACUAA